AGAAUAGAGUUGCUGAACACUGAUAACCCUAAAGGAAUGCUUUAAAGAUGGCAUAUUACGAACACAUCGUCUUUGAUGAUGAUUUAUCAUCUGACAACAGCUCGGAGUUCGGUUCGGGGGACAUUGGAGCCAACUUUGAGGUCCCUUGCGACGUGGAGGUCAGUCACGAAUUCCAGAGGAUCUUUCUUCCCACCGUGUAUGGAAUCAUAUUCGUUUUGGGCUUUAUCGGCAAUGGAUUGGUGGUUCUGGUGAUGGGCUGCCAGAGAAAAUCCAGAACCAUGACAGACAAGUACCGUCUGCACCUUUCCGUGGCGGACCUCCUGUUCGUGCUCACCCUGCCCUUCUGGGCCGUGGACGCGGCCAAAGACUGGUACUUCGGUGGUUUCAUGUGCGUGGCCGUGCACAUGAUCUACACGGUGAAUUUAUACAGCAGCGUCCUCAUCCUCGCCUUCAUCAGUCUGGACCGGUACCUCGCCGUGGUGCGCGCCACGAACAGCCAAGGACCAAGGAAACUUCUGGCCAAUCGCAUCAUCUACGUGGGAGUGUGGCUACCCGCUGCGCUCCUCACCGUCCCGGACCUGGUGUUCGCCAAGGCGGAGAGCAGCUCUAUCCGCACCUUCUGCGAGCGCAUUUACCCUCAGGACUCCUUCAUAACCUGGGUGGUCACGUUCCGCUUCCAGCACAUCUUGGUGGGCUUCGUGCUCCCCGGGCUCGUGAUUCUCAUCUGCUACUGCAUCAUCAUCUCCAAGCUGUCGCGCGGCUCCAAGGGCACGCAGAAGCGCAAGGCGCUCAAGACCACCGUGGUUCUGAUCGUGUGCUUUUUCGUCUGCUGGUUGCCUUAUUGCGGGGGGAUCCUGUUGGAUACGCUGAUGAUGCUGGAGGUGAUUCCUCACAGCUGCGAUCUAGAGCAGGGUCUGCAGAAGUGGAUCUUUGUGACGGAAGCGCUGGCGUACUUUCACUGUUGUCUCAACCCCAUCUUGUACGCCUUUCUCGGGGUGAAGUUCAAGAAAUCCGCCCGCAGUGCUCUCUCCCCCAGCCGGGGCUCCAGUUUGAAAAUUCUGCCAAAGAAGAGAGGAGGAAUGUCAUCUGUAUCCACAGAAUCCGAGUCUUCCAGCUUUCACUCUAGUUAACACGAACACAAGCGCAUACACACCAUGGACAAUGCAUAUGAUGUCGAUAUGAACUUACCAGGUCAUAAAAAUUGUAAAAAUAAUAUAGAAAACAGACUGAGAUUGAUUGAAAUGUUGCUAGAAUGUAAAUAUAGGCUAUGUUUGCAAGUAUGGGUCUCAUACUGCAUUUUGAUUCCAGUGUUACAAAUUCUCUCUUCAUAGUAAGAUGUGAAAUUUGUGUGCAAAACAUUUGCUGUACAUACUGUAUCAUUUAUGUAAAUACUUUUUAACUGGUUACUUUUUGCACUUAUGUAGACUAUUGCAUUUAUUUAUUGCAUGAUAAACCAGUUACAGAUUGAAUUUGUAUCAUUUUGUGGUCAAUUUCAGUUCAAAAGAGCUGAUUUGACUAUUCAAAAUAUUUGCAAUAAUAAUUUUUUUGAGAAGAUUGGAAGUUGUACGUAUUCUUUGAUCACUCCUUUCAAAUGCAUUUGAUUUUCAAAACUGUUCACAUCUCUUAAGAAAAAUUAUGUUAAAAACAGUUACUCAAAAAUAGUAAUCCAUUACAAAUUCCUUAAAUAAAAUGGUAAUCAAGUUACUUUACUGAUGACUUUGUUGAAAAUGUAAUCAAAUUACUACGUACUUUAAUUCUAAGUUACUUUCGAAAACAAUUUUCACAGAUGCUUUUAUUUUUCUGCGCAACAAACUUAAUAUAAUGUCUAUAUUUCCUUCUUGUUUGUCGUUGUUCCUUCAGCUGUCACAGAAACACAAACAGAUGUAUACAUGAACAUAAUUAAUGUUUUAAAUGUUAUGUAUUCUACAUAAAUAAUAUUAUUUUAGAAACGUCUAACCCAAAUAAUGUACUCAAAAGUAUUUACCUUAAUUGAAAGUCAGUAACUGUAAUUUAAAUUGUAAUGUGUUACGUUACUUUUUUUACUUAAAAGUAAAUAGAUUACAUGAACUAAUUACUCUGUAAUCAGAUUACACCCAACACUGGUUAUAAAGCAUGAUAAUGGAGUUUCCCUGCAAUGCCAAGUGUUGGUAAUGUCUUACACUUUCACUCUGCACAGACACGUGUGACAUAGUGGAAAGAACUGAUUCUUUAGAGUAGACACUAAAUUAUUCAAAAUAUUUGUAUAAAAACAAUUCUAGUAUGAAGAGUAAAAAAGGAAUUACAAUACCACACAUUAAAAACCUCACCUGUGACGCAUACACAGUGAGGAUGGGGAUUCCCUGAGGUGUAUAUUUUCUCAGUCUGCAAACAUCCACAGGAUCCCCAACAUGCUGCGGAAUCCAUUCAACCAUGAAUAAACACACGCACAUGAACCUUUCUAAAUGCAAAUAGUGCAGUCUGGCAUUGUCAAGUCUUGUUAUUAUCUAUCAAACAUUCUUUUCAUUAUUACCCUCAUUUGUGUAUUCUGUAAUGUCCUUUUGCCUCAAACGGACUUUGUUUGUUCAGAUGGUGCCAACUGACGUUAUAAACAUACCCUGUAUGAGCCAUAAAACCUUAUUCUGCAUUCAUUCUAAAUUCAUAUGAACAUUUGGAAAUAAAAAUGGCUCAGUUUCAUGUCUCACCAGAGUCUAGGUAAAAACCCACCGUUCAGGUUCGCGGCUCUUGCUUCUACAUUUUCAGUAAAGCAUCAAUCAAUAGACACAAAAUGUGUAAUACCUGGUCAUUUACAUUUCUGUGAAACUGACAGCACUGAAUAUGCUUUAUAAAGACACAUUAACAAAUCUAAGUAGUAAAGUUGGUUAACUUAAGCUGGAAGGUAGAGUUACUAUUUCAUUGUUUGGGGUGAAUGUACUGUGGAUCUAUUCAUGGGUGCUUCUUCAACUUUGGUUACUUUAAUGUCCCAGGAUUUCUAUUAAAACACUUUUGUCUUUUUGUUAGAUGAAGAUGACAUUAUAACUGUCAAUGCCUUCAUCAUGUAUUGUUGAUAAUCAGUGUUGGGUGUAAUCCAAUUACUUUUAGAAAAAGUAAUGUAAUGCAUUACAUUUUAAAUUAUUGUUUUUUCUGUUACAAUUACUGACUUUCAAUUAAUUAAAUUACUUUUAAGUACAUUAUAGGGUUAUGCUUUUUUUCCAACAUAUUAUUUAUGUAGAAUACAUGAAUUAUGGCCCCAUAAUUAAAAAAUU